UCUGCUCUCGUGUCUGCCGGCGCGCGCGUCGUCAACGGUCAAACGUCCUUGCCGCGCUCCAGUUCGUCCGCGACAAGACGCGCGCGCAGUCUGUCGCUUCAUACGCAUGUCCGUCGCGCUCGUGUUUUUCCGUUGUUUUUUUUUCCGAUUUUUUUCCUCGAUAAUAAUAACAACAUCAGCUCCUGAAACGUUUUAAAAUUUUUUUUUUUCGUUAUCAUCGGAAGACUUUGGUUUACAUUGAUAUCACAACGAUUCAUAUAUUUUUAUGACGGUUAACAUUAUCAUCUCUUCGCGUGUCGAUAUCGAAACGGGAAAAGAGUUUUGAGGACGUUUAUCCUCAUCAUAAUAAGACAAUAUUAUGAUCGGCUCGAAUUCGGUUUCUGGUGUUUCUCUCUCUAUGCAGUGAUUACUUAACACGUUCACACAUCUAAAGAAGAUAACGCGCGUUUUUGUUUUUAAAAUAAUAUAUAAACCGUGUUUUUUUUCUAAAAAAAAGUGUUCUUGUUUUUAUCAAGUGUACCGAAGACUAUCAUGCCGGUGAUAACAUGAUGCGGGAUUUGGACGCAUCCAGCCCAGUCGUUUGGCCUCCAUGGUGUUAUUCAGUGGACAUAAAAAGAGACAUCGACUUGUUUGGUUUGCCGAAGAGCCGACGUUCGGGGGUCGGUAUGCAGAUUGAGCACUCGGUGAAUAACAACAACACAACCAGCACCAACAACAAUAGAGUGGCGGCCGCGGCCGACGUGAAGACGGAACGCUUGAGCCCGGUGGCUGCGGCGGGCGGCGACUCAGCAUCGUCGCGUAGCGGCACGCCGUCCUCUUCGUGCUACCCCAACACGCCGCCCGGCGUAGCGGCCGCGGCGGACCGCGUGUCCAGUCCUGCGCCCAACCGAAACUGCAGCGACCUCAUACGAAGUCUGGCCGCCAAGUACCAGAAUGCCAACCCCAGCGAGUACAUGCCUUCGCGGAACGGUUUAAGUCUCGGCAUACUGUCAGCUGCAACCGCCGCUGCAGCAGCGGCUGCUGCCGCGGCCUCUUCGACCAAAGACAACGGCUGCGACGGGAGUCUGCUGAACCCAGGAUUUCCAUUCGCGACGCCCACCAUACCUGGGACCAACGUGCCCAUGUUCCCGCCCAUGAUGGACAUGUCGUCCACGCAGGCGCUUCUGUCCAUGGUCCGGUCUUCACAGUUUGACGCGUUCAUGAGCGGCAAGACCGGCGGUGGCACCAAGCGGCCUUGUUCUACCUCGUCGUCGUCGUCCAACCCACUGCACCCGCACAACACCGGCUCAGCGGCCGCAGCCUCAGCGUCCGAACAGAACCCGCUUGACCUGUCAUCGUCGUCGAGUCCGUGCAAAAAACCUCGCAAAGGUCAUCCACCUGCGGCCGGCCACUGGGAGAGCGCCGCGGCCGCCGCCGGAUCGUUCGCCGAAACGUUCCUCAACAUACCAGCUUUCGGUCUAGCUCUGCAAAAGUCCCGGGAAAAGGUUGCCCUGACUUGCAAUGGCGUAAGCGGCAACAACAAGCGGCUGGGCAGCGUGUCGCCGAAACCGUCAAAGGCGCCGUCGAAACAGUCUCCGUGCCAUCAGGCCGCUCCCAGCCGGGUGUUACCUUGUGCUUCGACCUGUUCCGCACCGUCGGCCACCUCCACCGCCGAUAAACACACCUGUCCCAAUGCGGCUGACAAGUCGACAGUGUCUUCGUGGACGGUGGAUGACGUGUGUGAUUUCGUUAGAACCAUAGACUUGUGCGCCGAGUACUCACAGUGCUUCCGGGAGCAGUCGAUCGACGGGACAGCGUUACCACUGCUCAGCGAGGAUCACCUGACCGGCACCAUGAACAUGAAGCUGGGACCGGCGCUCAAGUUCCGGGCCGUGCUGGCUCAGAAGUUGGGAAACUGCGCGGUUUGCAUGCACUGCGCCCACUGCCACGGAGCCCAGUCACACGGUGCCGGCCGGCACAGCCCCGGCCCCGGCAACAACAACAACAACAGUUCGUCGUCCGCUCAGUGCUGAGCAGCACCGUUCGUGUCGACGGCACAGUCCGUCCACUUUACACGUUCAGGGUGUUCGUUCAACAUGUUUGGACUUGGAUAUAUACGGACGCCCUGUAUGAACGGUAGCGAUAUUACCGUCAAGCGUCUAUAAACUACAUGACGUGUAAUAUACAUAUUUAUAUGGUGUCCACGCAUGUUCGCUUUACUAUUUUAUGAUACAAAUCGUGUUUGUGUCUAUAUUGCGUCGAGUCGACUAAAUACAAAAAAUACAUUAUUAUUUAAUAUUAAUAUUCAAAUUGUGGUAAAUUCCAAAAGUCAUCGAUUUCGCUGUUUCCCUAACUUGUUUUUCUCGCGUUGGAUUUAUCAGUAUUGUUACGUAUAGGUACUAAUUAUUUAAUUGUUUGCAUGGUUGGAAAGCUGAUGGUCAUUUUUAUUAAUUUUUUUUUUUUUUUUCGAGCUUUUGUUAUUAUUUGUACUAUUGUUUUACCUAAAUAUUCUAUUACGUCACUUUUGUCUAUACAUUAUUAAUAUAAUAUAUUUUGUAUGUAUAGUAAUUAGUUUAGUUUAACAUAUUAUAUUGUAUAAUGUAUGAAAUAUUAUAGUUCUCUGUUGAUUAUUAUUAUUAUUAUUUUUAAUGGUUCUCGAAGUAAGUUUAUUACGGAUCGAUCGUAAUUGGUUUAAAAUUACAACUUAUAACGUAAGUAAUAUUUAAUAACUACAUAUGAAAACAAUAUACAGGGCGUUUCUAUUGUCAGGCAAUAUCACAGAAAAUAUAUGGCAUUUAAAAUUCAGAAAAAAAAAUUAAGAACAUGCUAUUUUACGUAUAACUGUAGUUAACUGUUCUGAAAAUAAAAAUAAUAUUGCAUUUCCUAAGAUAUUUCUAGUGAUAAUUUAAAUGAAAUACCUUGCACAAAUAAAAUUGGUCUAUACUUUAAUGCUCAAUAUUAUCUAAUUAUGAUCUAGUAUAUUACAAUAAUAUAAUAUUAUGUUCUCAACAAAAAUUCAAAUCGUUUACAUAAUAUAUAAUGUACGGCAUACACAGUGCCUUAGUGUCUUCGUUUUGUAUUAUAUAUUAUAUAUAUUUUUGUUAUGUACAAAUGCUGAAUUCAAUAUAAAUUGGUCUAUGUUUUUAUUUUCAAGAUUAAAAAAACGUAUUAGAUAUUUUAUAAUGAAUGUCGAUUAUUCGUGAGACACUUUAAACAUUUAAGUUAUUUACCAAUUUUAACUUAAUUGUAUGACUCUAAUGAAUUUUCCAAAAAAAAAAUUAGUAUAAUAAUAUUUGUGUGCUGUUGACAUUUGUUUAGUUUGUUUUUUUUUUAUUAUUAUUAUUAAUUAAGACAUUUGUAAUUGAGAAAACCAAAUUUUCUCGGAUUAUCAGGGCUGAUCUAGUGCAAUUUUCAUAUGCAAAUUAUUAUGAUGAUUUCAAUAACGCAAUCACAAAUAAUAUAUUUGCAUUCGUGUACUUACGGAAUUUUUUCGUUUAAUUUUUUUUAACUAUGUAAAGACAAAAAUAAUAAAAAUAUAAGCUAUUAUAAAGCUAUAAUAUAAUU